CCUCUGCAUACAAAGAUCGUUAGAUGCCUCGUUUUGAUUCAAUUUUAACGUGCAAAUAGAUACGACGCUGCGCUUUGUUUUUCUAUUCGCUUAUUUUUUUUACUACCGACAGAGGGACUUAACACCUGUGGUGUGUCCGCGCAGGUAUUACCGCGGAAAGUGUGAUUUUUAAGUGUGGUAUAGUUUAAAAAACAACGGUGUAGCUUUUGGCCGAUACGGAUUCCAAACUUGGAUAUGGCAGCUACUAGUGUUGUAGUCCUAGAUCGAGGAAACAACACUACUUGCACUAUAAACUUACAUGGGGCCACUGUUGUUUCGUGGAGAGUUAAUAAUCAAGAACAGUUGUUUGUCAGCAAACAAGCUGUGUUCGAUGGCAAGAAAGCUAUUAGGGGAGGAAUACCUUUUGUAUUUCCACAAUUUGGACCCUGGAAUUUCGGUCCACAACAUGGAUUUGCCAGAAUCGUUAGGUGGAAUUUAGAAAAAGCACCCGAAAGAUUACCUAGUGGUGACGUUGAGGCUAUAUUCUCCAUAAUGGACACAGAUUUCACUAGAUCCAUGUGGAAUUAUACGUUUCGACUGACUUACAGACUGAUUCUACGCGAAAAGGAAUUACAUUUCAAUAUUGCUGUAUAUAAUCCGAGUAAAGACUUGACGUUCAGUUUUAAUAUGCUAUUGCACACCUACUUUAAAGUUCCUGAUGUCAGACGUUGCCAGAUUACUGGUCUACAAGGCUGUGCUUUUAUGGACAAAACUAGAGACGGAGCAAUAUACCAAGAGGCUAGAGACGUGGUGACUAUUGGCGAGUGGACUGACAGAAUCUACCAAAACACUCCUCAAGAGCACAUCAUAACCAACGUUGUGUCGGGUCGUAAGAUGAGAAUUCAAAAGUACAACUUUCCUGACACAGUUAUUUGGAAUCCUUGGAUAGACCAGGCUAAAGAUAUGGGUGAUUUCGGCGACGACGAGUAUCCAAAUAUGGUUUGCGUAGAGGCCGGGCACGUAUCGAGUCCCGUCAUUUUACUGCCGGGUACAGCUUUUGAAGCUAGCCAAAUUCUGCAGGUUAUGUGAAUUCAACUGAGACCAUCUUGUUUUCAUUAUUGGUACUCAAUUGGUUCCUUGUAUUACUACUAGUAACACAUGUGUGUUGAUAAACGUUGAUGGAAUCAGGUAUUUAAUAAGGUUUGGUCGUACGUAUUUCACUUCAUUUUUAUAUUGGGAAAAUAAUGGACAACUGCCACUUAAUGUUUUAAUAACGUUUAUUAUUAGUAAAAGUACCUGUUUAUUCAAUAACAUUUUUUAUAUUUGCUUUUAAAACCUCAUUCGUUUCUUUUUAUUAGUCAGUUUUCUUUGUAUGGUUAGGUGUUUUGAAUAUUAG